CGAGCCCACCGGGCGGUGUGGGGCCGAGGGGGCCGUCCCGGCUGGGCCAGGGGCCAUCCCGCGAGGGGCCGGGCGCGGGCCGGCAGGCUCGGCCUCGGGCAGGACCGCGUCCCUCUCAGUCCCGGAGCAUCGCCGGUCCCCGAGCGUGACCCCUCCGUGCCAAACAUUUGGUGGCUUCCCGCUGCUGGACAUCGUCCCUGUCUCCUGUGCCGCGUCCAUGGAGCAGCACGCCUCACACCCCGCCAUCCCCGCCGGGUGGGAGGAUGCAGCCGUGCGCCGGGGGCUGACGCGCGGAGCCGCCGGCCGCGGGGAGCGGGACCCCCGCCGCCCACCCAUGGUCCCGGCUGGCAGCCGGGGCAGCCCCCCGUGAGGAGGGGCACGGGCACAGCCGGGACCGCGGGCACCGAGCCCCCGCAGCCGCCCCGCCAUGACGAGCCUGUUCCGCCGGAGCAGCAGCAACGGCGGCUCCCGCGGCGGCUCCUCCGCCCAGGAGCUCAACAACAGCCGCCCCGCCAGGCAGGUGCGGCGCCUGGAGUUCAACCAGGCCAUGGAGGACUUCAAAACCAUGUUCCCCAACAUGGACUACGACAUCAUCGAGUGCGUCUUGAGAGCCAACAACGGCGCCGUGGACGCCACCAUCGACCAGCUGCUGCAGAUGAACCUGGACGGCAGCGGCUGUGACGACAGCUCGGACUCGGAGGACAGCAUCCCCCCCGAGAUCUUGGAGCGGACCCUGGAGCCGGACAGCUCGGAUGAGGAGCCCCCUCCUGUGUACUCCCCUCCUGCCUACGAGAGCCAGGCCUUGGGCAGCCGCUACCCCCGUGCUGCUGUGUUGCCCCGCAGGACGGACGUGCCCGGCCCUGGCAGCUCCGUGCACUACAGGAACUGGAACCCGCCGCUGCUGGGAAACCUCCCCGAGGACUUCCUGCGCAUCCUGCCCCAGCAGACAGCUGGCACACAGGGCUCCCCCGGCUGCCGGCAGCCCGUGCCACGGGGGCUGGUGCCACGGGGCCAGGGCUCCCUGGAGCAGGAGCGGCGAUGGAAGCAGUACCUGGAGGACGAGCGGAUCGCGCUCUUCCUGCAGAACGAAGAGUUCAUGAAGGAGCUCCAGAGGAACCGGGAUUUCCUUCUCGCCCUGGAGAGAGAUCGAUUGAAAUAUGAGUCAAAAAAAUCCAAGUCGACUGGUGUUGCUGUCAGCAAUGACUUUGGUUUCUCCUCCGUAUUAUCAGGUGAGGGAGCUCCCUCUGGACCCAGCGAGGCCAGCGGGGCCGUGUCCGACGAUGCCUUAUUCCGAGACAAGCUCAAACACAUGGGCAAAUCCACGCGCAAGAAGCUGUUCGAACUCGCCAGAGCCUUCUCCGAGAAGACGAAGAUGAGGAAAUCAAAAAGAAAACACUUGUUGAAGCACCAGGUGAUGGGGACAGCAGCUUCCACGGCAAAUCUUCUGGAUGAUGUGGAGGGACACGCAUAUGAUGAAGAUUUCCAAGCACGGCGGCAGCAGCUCCGGGAGGAGGAGGAGACGCCGAAGGAAGGGCAGUAACCGGUCCCAGCUCUGGGGUUUCUUGCUGGCACAGGACGUGCACGAGGCUUCAUCAGGAGAUGGCUGAAAAAGGAAAAACCCACCCAACAAAUCACACAGAUUUUGGCUGUUCCCCCUCUGCUGCUGUACUCCUCUGAAGUACAAGUAUCGAAGUGAGGCACAACGUUUUCUUACCAGUGGUUUGAAAACAACUUUUUCCUAUGGAGAAAAUCAGCCAAAAAGGAAAAAAAAAAAAGGAAAAAAACAAGGGGGCAGCUGCUGCGAGCGGCUGCGGAGGAGCCAGCGAGCUCCGGCUGGGGAGGGGCAGAGGGGCAGCCCCUCCUGCUCCCUCGGCCGGCGGCACAGGAGGAAUGAAAUCAGCCGUACUAACGAGGAUCCAAUCCCACGUGGGGUCUGCUUGGCCGGAGCACUCCUGAACAUAUCUGUAGUGGUCUGAUGUAACUUCACUCUGCGCACACCGGGACAAAAACCACGUGAGAAAGGGAAGCUAACAGCCGUUGUCUAUUAUUGCUAGGAGUAACGAGCAGAGAUUCAGAUCAGGUAAUAGUCAAAUAAUAUAAAUUGUUCAUAAAAGGAAAGGCCUUCUUUUCCUAGGCGUUUCACUUUGAAUUAAACCUUUGCCUUCGGCAUUGCUACAACUGCCUUGAAGUUGGGAAGCUUUGUGCCACGGGGCAGCACCAAGGGCUGGAUUUCACACCGGUUUCACCCUCACUGAUGGAGCAGGACACAUCCCGCCGGGUGUGGGGUGCUGGGGGUGCUCCCGGAGUCUGGGAGCUCCAGGGAUGCAUGCCCCCGUUGUCGGUGAGAGGCAAAGCCCAAGCCAGGGGCUGGCAGGGCUGCUGGAGGUGUUUUCAGCACGGAGUUUGCACCAGGGUUGGGGGCACUGCUGGGUUUGGUGCGGGGCAGGAGCAGAGCCCCUUCCUCGUGCCCGCAGCGCCGGAAUCCUGCAGCUCUCGGAGAUGCUGUCAGGCUAAAAAUAAUUACAUAAACAAAUUCCUUCGCUGUGUAA